AGUGUGCAACUUGUUUCUCUUUUCCUUCCCAGCCAUGUCUCAAGCCGUGCAGACCAACGGGACGCAGCCCUUGAGCAAAACCUGGGAGCUCAGUCUGUACGAACUGCAAAGAACACCCCAGGAAGCUAUCACGGAUGGCUUGGAAAUCGUGGUGUCACCCAGGAGCCUGCACAGUGAAUUGAUGUGUCCCAUCUGCCUGGAUAUGUUAAAAAACACCAUGACCACAAAAGAAUGUUUGCAUCGCUUCUGUGCCGACUGUAUCAUCACAGCCCUCAGGAGUGGCAACAAAGAAUGUCCCACGUGUCGUAAAAAGCUGGUUUCAAAACGAUCACUGAGACCAGAUCCCAAUUUUGAUGCUCUCAUCAGUAAAAUUUACCCAAGCCGAGAUGAAUACGAAGCUCACCAGGAGCGAGUGCUGGCAAGAAUCAGCAAACACAAUAACCAGCAAGCUCUAAGUCACAGCAUUGAGGAGGGAUUAAAGAUUCAGGCUAUGAACAGGCUACAGAGGGGCAAGAAGCAACAGAUUGAGAACGGCAGUGGAGCAGAAGAUAAUGGUGACAGUUCCCACUGCAGCAAUGCCUCGACACACAGCAACCAGGAGGCAGGGCCCAGCAAUAAGAGGACCAAAACGUCAGAUGACUCGGGGCUGGAACUGGACAAUAACAACACCACAGUGGCUAUUGACCCUGUGAUGGACGGUGCUAGUGAGAUCGAGUUAGUCUUCAGGCCUCAUCCAACCCUCAUGGAGAAUGAUGACAGUGCACAGACAAGAUAUAUCAAGACCUCAGGCAAUGCCACCGUGGAUCACUUGUCCAAGUACCUGGCUGUGAGGUUGGCUUUGGAGGAGCUUCGGAGCAAAGGAGAAUCAAACCAGAUGAACCUUGACACGGCCAGUGAGAAGCAGUACACCAUCUACAUUGCUACGGCCAACGGGCAGUUCACUGUAUUAAAUGGGUCAUUUUCCUUGGAACUGGUCAGUGAGAAGUACUGGAAAGUGAACAAACCCAUGGAACUGUACUAUGCACCCACAAAGGAACAUAAAUAAGCUGUGCUGGAAGAGUGAGAUGAAACUAACUUUUUAUAGCUAUGACUUCUUUAAUAUUAAAAGAAGGCACCACCAUUCAUGGACAACACACAUGAUGCCUUCAGGCUCUCUCAGUAUACUUAUUAAUGAUUAGACAGUAUUCUGGGUUGUAUUU